AAGCAAACACAUUAUACAAUCAAUUACCCUCUCUCUCCCCCUCCCUCUCCACCAUGGACACCGCAACCACCACAUGCUCCGCCGUAGAUCUAGCUGCCCUCCUAUCCUCUUCUUCUAACUCAACUUCUUCCCUCUCUGCGGCAACCUUUUUAUGCUCCCAAAUUUCAAACAUUUCCAACAAACUCUCCGACACAACUUUUGCCGUCGACAACACGUAUCUCCUCUUCUCCGCCUACCUCGUCUUUGCUAUGCAACUUGGUUUCGCCAUGCUUUGUGCCGGCUCAGUCCGAGCCAAGAACACUAUGAACAUCAUGCUUACUAAUGUCCUUGACGCUGCUGCUGGAGCCAUCUCUUACUACCUCUUCGGAUUCGCAUUCGCCUUUGGUACACCUUCCAACGGCUUCAUUGGCCGCCACCAUAGCUUCUUCGCCUUAAGCUCUUACCCUGAACGCUCCGGCUCCGACUUCAGCUUUUUCCUCUACCAAUGGGCUUUUGCCAUAGCCGCGGCAGGAAUCACCAGCGGCUCCAUCGCCGAGCGAACCCAAUUCGUUGCUUACCUUAUCUACUCUACAUUCUUGACUGGUUUUGUUUACCCGACCGUCUCGCACUGGUUCUGGUCGAGUGAUGGUUGGGCCAGCGCGUCCCGGUCUGACAACAAUCUCUUGUUUGGGUCAGGUGCUAUUGAUUUCGCAGGUUCAGGAGUUGUUCACAUGGUAGGUGGAAUUGCCGGUUUAUGGGGAGCGUUAGUUGAAGGACCACGAAUAGGUAGAUUUGACCGGUCAGGCCGGUCCGUGGCUUUACGUGGUCACAGUGCGUCCCUUGUCGUCCUUGGUACCUUCUUGUUGUGGUUUGGAUGGUACGGGUUUAACCCUGGUUCCUUUUUAACUAUUCUAAAAGGCUACGACAAGUCUCGGCCAUAUUAUGGUCAAUGGAGCGCUGUAGGUCGCACGGCCGUCACAACAACGCUUUCUGGCUGCACCGCUGCGUUGACCACUCUAUUUAGUAAACGACUCUUAGCAGGCCACUGGAACGUCAUUGACGUGUGCAACGGAUUACUAGGCGGCUUCGCAGCUAUAACCUCCGGAUGUGCCGUGGUGGAGCCGUGGGCUGCUAUAGUAUGUGGCUUCGUGGCAUCAUGGGUUUUAAUCGGAUUUAACUUGCUUGCCAAGAAACUUAAAUACGAUGACCCACUUGAGGCUGCUCAGCUCCACGGUGGAUGUGGAGCAUGGGGGUUGAUCUUUACCGGGCUGUUCGCAAGCAAACAAUACGUCAACGAGGUUUACUCCGGCGAUAGGCCUUACGGACUGUUGAUGGGCGGGGGAGGAAAACUGCUAGCCGCGCAAAUCGUUCAGAUCAUUGUGAUCGCUGGGUGGGUAACGGUGACGAUGGGACCAUUGUUUUAUGGGUUACAUAAGAUGAAUCUUUUGAGGAUAUCAGCAGAAGAUGAGAUGGCUGGAAUGGACAUGACCCGUCAUGGAGGAUUUGCUUACGCAUACAAUGACGAAGACGACGUGUCGACUAAACCUUGGGGUCAUAUGGCUGGAAGAGUGGAGCCUACAAGCCGGAGCUCGACUCCUACACCGACCCUGACUGUUUGAUUGGAGAAUUGAGUGGUCCCAAAUGAGUCAGUUUUAAUGUGGUGAAGACAAGAGUUCGGGCACCAAACAUGUUGGACGCAUCUUUCUGUAUUUUUCGUCUUAUUUUUUUUUUUUACUUUUCUUUGUUAAUCACUCUGUUGUGGACAGAUAGUGUUGAAAUUUUAACAAUAACAUGAUCAGUAUAUG